GGAUGAGUUCAAUAUUUGUCAUAAAUAUUCAGCCAGAGUUCGUGCAACAUUAUUGAAAACUAUUAAUACAAAUCUUUAAUUAUUUUUCCUUCAUCAACACGAUCAAUAAACGUGUUUGAUGAUCCAACAGUAGUGAAGGCUUCUUCUGUAACGUUUGUGCUUUUAUUUUGGAAGGCAGGAGGCUGAAGCUACGAGCCGGAAGUGCUUUACCGUGUUAGCAUCGGUUAGCAUGUAGCAUUCCUCUGGUUCUCAGUGCUCCCGGUCUGUUAGCAACGUUAGCUUCCGUUAGCUUGAUAAGCUCAUCGCGUAAACAAGGAACAGCGACCAGCCUCCUUCAUGGACGGGAGCCCCCGCUGACUCCCCCCGCUGCUGAGCUGCGAACAUGGCGGCCAACCCUCCGGGGCCAGGCUUUCCGAACAAGGCCCGCGUCGCCAUCCUGGCGGAGCUGGACAAGGAGAAGAGGCGGCUGCUGCAGAGCGGGUCCAUGAACAGCCCCGGAGCCAACAUCCCGCUGUCGUCCAGACCGAGCCUGAAGGACGCGAGGGACAGCGCCGAGCAGCAGCACAUCGCCGCCCAGCAGAAGGCGGCCCUGCAGCACGCACACGGACACUCGUCCGGCUUCUUCAUCACUCAGGACUCCUCGUUCGGGAACCUCAUCCUCCCGGUGCUCCCCCGCCUGGAUCCCGAAACCUGACUCUUCAUCUUCCCAACAAACACUGACCUGACCCGGGCAUCUCUUGGACCCUGGGGGGGAAAAAACUCCCGUUGUUCUGUUUCUCUUUUAUACGAUGUGUGUCCUGUGUGUGAUUUAGUGUGAUUAAAACGAGGCUUUUGAACGCA